UGUGUUUUGUGUGUGUGGUGGUGUGGCUGCCCAAUGCAACGUCCAGGGACCACCGACCGUCUCAGACACGCAAACAAGAAACUGUUGAUCUGUUUUUUUUUUUCGGGCCUUUUUGCCGAGUUGCAUGCCGAGUUGGGAUUUGCAGCUUUUCCGCCAGGAACCAACGCCCUGGACCUGGGCGAUGAGGUGACAACUGAUUGUCCAUUCCUGUCGAUGGGUUGGUUUGUGUUGGUACAACAUGCCACGCAAGCGAAUUGCUAUGAUCAUCACGUUGCUGUGAAAACUUUUUUUUUCUCUCUCUGCAGGUCACGUCCCUAAAUUGCGGCUGCCUGCGAGUUCAGUUGCGGCUAUUAUGCAAUUUGACAUUGCGGCACUGAUCUAGCUAGUGUGUAGAUACUGU